AUGACUAUGUUAGGCGGGGGAUUCGGUCAGCCGGGGGGGGGCGCGGGCAUGCGCGGGGGCCGUCCGCCGUCCGAGCACAUCGUGGAGGCGCUGCUUCAGCGGUUCGUUCCGCUGGCGCGCGCAAGGAUAGACGCGGCUGCGCAGGUAAGCGGGGGGAAGGUGUGCGGGGAGAGGAUGUGCGGGGACGGGCAGGGCUUGAAGCUGGAGGACGGGGCGUACGAGAAGGUGCUGGACUCGCUGGCUAUGGUGGCCGCGCACAUGCCCCGCCCGCUGCUGGAUGCGCUGCUCAAGUGGCGCGAAGGGGAGUCACCGAAGCUGAUGGACGAUGCUAAGUUCGGACCGGGUCAAGGCUUGCACACACUGCACCGCAAGCUGCUAGUGGAGUGUGUGUUCAUCUCUGCCGCUGUUCGCUUUGUUGACUGCUGCCCUGCUGACGGCCUCACAGAGGAGCUAUGGAGUGGCUUAGAGGACUUCAUAUUCGACUGGUUCGUGCAUGCAGAGAGGCUCAUUCCCCAGUCGGAGUUCCCAGGGUUGAUGGAGCUGCGCGCCAAGCUCCUGGACUAUGUUGCCGAUCUUGCAGGGGUGCUCUCGGUCAAGCGCUUUGACAGCAUGGCGGCGCGCUUCUUUGUGGAGCUGGACACGAGGGCCAUGGAGCAGCCCAUGCGGCUGGAGGGGCUGUCGGCCACGGGCAGCCUGCGCGUCGUGCCCGUCGUGGACGCGUUUGCGCGCGGCAGCGAGCGGUCGCUGGCGAUGGAGUUCAGCGUGCGGCGCUACGACGCCACCUCCAACCGCAACGAGCUGCUUAGUGUCGUCCACGGCAUGCGCUUCCUCCGCCUCGACAUGUCCACGCCAGCCGCAGUCAUGGCCUCCCGCAACUUCCUGCUCAAGGCGAACCCUCUCAGCCGCGCGCCCUCCAAGAAAAAAACCGAGCUGCAGCACGCACUCUGCGCCAUGCUCACCUCCAUCCUCGCCCCUCUCACUGAAAACCCGCGCUCCCACUGGCCCCCACUCAAGCACAUGAUGGGCGGUGCCGGGGGAGGGGGAGUGGGGGGAGUGGGGGGAGUGGGGGGAGUGGGGGGAGUGGGGGGAGUGGGGCCUGCUGGCUCUGCUGCGGCUGCUGAUGCUCUGACUGCGUGGAACUCCGCGGUGCUGCAUUUGCGGGGGCAGCUGUCGGGGUGGGUGGCGCCGCAGUCGACGCUGUCGCUGCAGAUGGACAAGCAGUCGAGGCACAUCCAGGUGGGUGGGUGGGUGGAUGGAUCAUGGAGGUGCUUUGCUUUUAGGAGCAUGGGGGGAGGAGGGAUGGGGAAGCGUUGCUGUCGUAGCAGAUGA